GUGUUAAAUGCUGAAUUGCCUGUGAAUUGACGUCUACAUAUUCUUGAGGGUUUUGGUUCUUAAAUGAAUAAAGAAAACAAAUUUCCUGGGCGGGAAAGAAGCAGACAUACUUGCUGGUAAGAUGAGUAUGGUACAGUUGCAAGGGCGGGACCAGUUGCUGACAGCACAAAAUGAAAUGCUCAAGGCGUUGAUUGCUAGUUCGGUUUCAAAAGGGAAUUAUAGAUCUGUGAAGGAUAUCACAUACUUCGUGUUGACUAUUGGUUUUGUGAUGGGUGUUACUUUGGCUGCAAUAUUGGGAGUUUCAUUUGGUUCCAUAGUCACACUGUUCACUAAGGACAUUGGAGUAUUGGCGAUUGCUAGAACCGGGGUUUUGUUUGUGAGUGCUAGUCAGCCUUUGAUUGCUUUUGCUUUUAUUGUUGAUGGUUUGCAUUAUGGAACAGGAAUAUAA